AGAAAAGAGCAAUUGAGUUAUUUAACAUUAUUAAAUUUCAUACUUGUUACAGAAGUAGUUAGUCCUCUAGAAGGGAUUAUUGAUAGAAUGACAGCCAUUCCCUCAUUUACAUCUAUUUUUUGGGGUUUUUCUCCGUAAAUAAUUGUCUUAAGAGGGAAAGGCUUUCCAGCAGUUGAUCAACCAACCAACUCUCAUAUGCUUUCUUACGUUUUUUCUUCCAACUCUUAUUUUUUUCUCUCAUUUUUCACUUCUUUCGUUUUUAUUGUCAAAUUAAACACGGUUUAAGCUCUCAUUAUUUUUCCUUUGGUGAGUGUUGAUGAAAUAAACACACGUAUGGAACAACUUUGAAUACUGUGGAACCAAACCCAAUUAAACUAGGAUUUCAAUAGGUGCUUUACCUUACUUUUAUUGGUUAAUUAACUUAAUUUCCACUCAUUUAUUACUUUUAAUAAUGCAUAUAACGUAUAAACAUACUUACCGUAAAUUAUACUGUACAUACAUAAACAUAUAUUUCGCUUUUGUUAGUUAAAUAAUUUUCAUUUAUGGUGACACAGCGGUUUGAACCUGUAUAAAAAACUACUCUAUGAAUCACCAAAAAGCCAUGUGUGUACAAUUAGGAGGAACAAGUAACAUUGUAGUACUCAUUUAAUUUAAACACUCACUAUUUGUCUUAUAAAUUAACGAAUAGGAGAUUAUGUUUCACGAGUUGCUGGCAUUAUCGAUGAUCCAGAUAAUGAUUUCUCCUGAAACAACAAUCUGAUCAGAUGCAAACAAACAAAGCUGCAUAUAUGUUUGUCUUCUUUACUGAAAGAUGAAGCCACCUGCCCUAAACUGGCCCCAUUAGGUGUAAAAUAAUAUGGUUCCAUAGCCAUGCAAAGUGCUAGAUGGCUCAAUACUCAAUACUCAUCACCAACAAGAUGAUGAUCCUAUAUAUACCUUCACUUCCCACACACCACUUCACAUCAAAACACAAUUGAGCAAUACUUAAAUCUUCCUUCUACGUGUUGCCAUGGCUAAUAGGCCUAUCUUGCUCGCUCUUUCUCUCUGCUUUGUUCUGUCCUUCCAUAGCUGCAUUGCCAGGCAACAAGAUAGCUUUAGGCAACAAGAAGCCGACCAAUAUCGACAACAAAAUGAGUGCGAUAUCCGGAGCCUCAAUGCUCAAGAACCCUCAGACCGUUUCCAAUCCGAAGCCGGUCUAACCGAGUUCUGGGACUCAGACAAUGAGCAGUUCCAGUGCGCCGGUGUGGCUGUUUUUCGUCGCAUCAUCCAACCCCAAGGCCUUCUCUUGCCUUCCUACUCCAAUGCACCAAAACUCUCAUAUAUUAUCCAAGGUAGGGGUAUUCAGGGGACCUUGAUUCCUGGCUGUGCCGAAACCUUCCAGUCAUCUCAACAAUCCCAGGAAGAACGAGGACAUGGAGAACAAAGCCCGACGAGAUCCCUAGACCAGCAUCAGAAGAUCCGACACUUCCGAGAGGGCGACGUUUUCGCUAUCCCGGCUGGAGUCGCUCACUGGGUCUACAAUGACGGCGAGAGAGAUCUUGUUGUUGUUACUCUUCUUGACACUAUCAACAAUGCCAACCAACUUGACCAAGAUCCCAGGAAUUUCUUCCUUGCUGGAAACCCACAAGGCGAAGAGCAGCAAGGGCAAUGGCAGGCCAGUAGGCGAGGAGGCCAUGAACGGCAGAGCGGCAACAUUUUCAGAGGCUUUGACCUUCGGGUUCUGGCGGAGGCAUUUGGAGUGGACCACGAGACUGCGAAGAAGCUUCAGAGUGAAAAUGAUCAGAGAGGAAGUAUUAUCAGAGUGGAACGUGGCCUUCAAGUGGUAAGACCACCACAAGAUCAGCGUGAGGAGGAGCAAAGAGAACGUGGAAACGGCUUGGAAGAAACCAUUUGCUCCGCCAGGCUGAGAGAGAACAUCAAUGAUCCCUCACGCGCUGACAUCUACAACCCACGGGCUGGACGUCUCACCACCGUCAACAGCCUCAAUCUUCCUAUCCUCCGCCACCUUCGACUCAGUGCAGAAAGGGGUGUCCUCCACAGGAAUGGUAUCUUCGCACCACACUGGACCAUGAAUGCGCACAGUAUUGUGUACGUGACAAGAGGUGAGGCAAGGUGCCAGAUCGUCAACAACCGAGGACAGACCGUGUUUGACGACAACCUCCGUGAGGGGCGGCUAGUGGUGGUGCCGCAGAACUUUGCAGUGGUGAAGCAGGCCGGAGAAGGUGGAUUUGAAUGGGUGGCAUUCAAGACCAACGACAAUGCCAUGAUAAAUACUCUGGCAGGACGGACUUCGGUGUUACGUGCCUUGCCGGUGGAUGUGAUUGCCAGUGCAUACCAGAUUUCACGAGAAGAAGCACGGAGGCUCAAGUUUGAAAGGGAUGAAACUACUUUGUUUGGUGGUUCUAGGUCCGAGAGGAGGGCUUCUGUUUAAAAAUGUAGCACGUAGUAAUGCGGAAUAUAGCUACCUACUAGUUUGUUUGUUCGUUUUUGCUGCUAGUGGCACAUAAUAAGAGAAAGCAUUCAUGAUGUGUUUGGUUCAUCA